GCGCCGCAGCCGUUCAGCCUGUGUAUGCGUCCCUCCUCGCGCCAGCGGGUGGCCGCCUGGCUGCUCGCGCUGCCGUUGGGGAGAGGUGGAGAGGAAUGCGCGCGUCGUGGCCGCCUGGAGAUGAUCUCGUUUUGGCUCCUGUGCUGGAAGCUGUUGAGAGCUACAGCUGGGCUCAGGAGGACAGCGGGUGAACUAACAGACAGUAGCCACAACGACAGUAACUCCAGUAACGAUAACCCUGUCGACGACCCUCACGCUCCUACACAGCCAACUGAACCAGUUACCAUGGAGAUCAGCUCAUCGCCAAUGCUAACAGACCUAGAAAGAGAAAACUUGGUUAGCUGCCACAGCCAGGAAAUGGAUGGACUCCAUUACCCAGAAGCUCAGAAGCCAGUCAGUGAUGAGCGAGAAACAGAUGAGGCUGCGGAGACAGAAAGUGACAGAAGAAAUGGAGAGGAGUGUGAUUAUCUUGUGUUCGAGAUAGGAGAGAAGAAUAAAAGAGGCGAAGAAGAAGAAGUAGAAGACAUAGGAGGAAGAGGAGAAGGUGAAGGAGAUGCUGAAGACAUAAAAGAGGAUGUAACUGAAGAUAUAGGAGAGGAAAAGGAGGAAGAUGACUGGAGGAAAGAAAUAGAAGAACAUGAAACUAAAGAGGACACAGAGGAAGAAACACAAGGAGAAGAUGGAGGGAGAGCAGAAGAUGGAUAUGGAGACGAGGAAGCCAGCAGCCUGUCAGAACUCCUCUUCAUGUCUGACAGUGUUCCAGCAGCAGAGGCCACACUUGUGACCUUUGACCCCCCAGAGCAGCCGGCAGCCACCAUGCUGCAGGAGUGCUGGGGUCAGGACCUCGGCAACAGAGACGACCUUAGCGACAGUCACCUUAGCGACUGCCUCCAGGCCGAGCUGGCUGUCAUAUACUCGGACAGCGAUGCGGGCGAUGACCAAUGGGCAGCCUUCCCCAACCAAGGAGGAUGUGAGACAGGAGGAGGAGGAGAGGGGGAUGAAGAGGAAAGGAAAGAGCAGGAGAUGGGAAAAGAGGAGCAGAGGGAGGAAGAGAUGGAGGAAUCUAGCAUAGCGACGGAUGAAGAGCAGAUGAAGUCCAGGAGAGAUCUGUUCCUCCGGUCUCCUUCUGCCAGCUCUACAGCGAGCUCCACAGACCCUGAAAGAAGGGUCCCUGCUGAUUUCAGUGUUCAACAGGAGAACCUCAGUGAAAAUGUCUCCACUGAGCACGUUGACUUUAUAUUGGCCCGUCAGCAGUGGAAGAAAAUGGAGGCGGAGGUCAAAGGUCAGCCCAUUCCCAAACCGGGGCUGAAAGCUCAGGGGAGCUUCCGGGGAACCCACAGUUCACUUUACCCUCCCACUCGAAGCCCCCGAAUCAAACACAGAUGGGAAAUCCAGCCACCAGUGCCCAGGGAACCCCCUCUGUCCUCCACACUUUCCCCAGGCUCCGAGGACUCAGGACUGGAUGACUCGUCGUAUCGCAGCCCUCUGGAAGAGCCAGAGAGCGCUGUGGAACGAGAGAUCCGACUGACACUGGAGCGAGAAGAAAAGCACCGCAGGGAGAGGGGGAUGAUCACACAGGGGCUGACAAUACCCAGACCAUCCACCCUCCAAACAGGACGAUCUCCACCUCGGCCUCCAGCCUGCCGCACCCCAACCCUGUCCGUCUCCCCGUCCGCCUCCAGCUCCUCCUCCCUGCCUCGAUCCCUUUACCAUGAAAUGACGGCCAAUAACGUCAUCAUCCUCGAGCCUGACUCCACCUCCAGGAACCGGCUCCUUACCACUGCCGUCAGCGGUCUCUCUGAUUGGCCGGCUAGCCUUGAUUCUGGCUCUACCGCCAAUGUCAUCGUCGUGGAAACCUCCAAUCUGAUCAUUCGCAGUGCUUCAGAGUUCUGCCUCAGCUCCCCUCCGGUGGGUGCGGAAACACAGGAGAGCACUUUCACGUCCAAUCCGUUUUUUAAGCUGCGCUCCCUCAGCAGCCAGUCACUGGUGGAGCAGGAGAUCAGAAUGGUGAGGCAGAGGGAGGAGGAGUGGAGGAGGCAACGGGAGGAAAUGUGGAAGAAGAGGAGGGAGGAGGAGUGGAGGAAAGGAAGAGAACGCUACGAUACUGUUCUGGUGUCUCCAGGCCUCAACGAAAACAUCAGCUUUACUGUGCCAGAGGUUGCAGACAGAUGUGUUUCGUCCCCGUCUUCCCCCUCCAGGACCCGUAAAAUGGAGCGAUCCAGUCUGUCUUGUGACCACAAGUGGUUUAGCUGAAUCUCCCCCUCCCUCCAGUUCCCCCCCUCCCUCUCUUCAGUGCCCCGUCGACAGAAUGCCAUGGCUCAGCGAUGGGAGGCGUCUCUACUCGCCAAUCAGAAGAAAGAUUGAGCAUCAACAGGCUUUAUGAGAAGCAAAAUGAAGACCUCCACCUUUAUUUAUGUCCUCCAUUGGGUAAACUUCCUCAGUCCUGUCUAUAGCACCAACAUCUAUCGCAACAUUUGUCCAAACUAUGUAUUACUUCCUAUAAUGGACAUGCUUCACGUGAGAUGCCAGAAGAGAAGGAGAGUAUGACUUUUAAUGAAGACGGAAAUUAUCAUUUCUUAAUUUAGGUUUCCCUCAUGUUUUAAAGGCUUUAAAAGCAAAGAGAUUCUUUUGCACGAGGUCUAAAACAAUAUGACUGCUUGUCUUGUCACAUCAUGUCAGAAUUUUUUCAUAUAAAUUGUAAUUUUUGUGGACUUCGAGGGCACAAUAAAUAUAAACUUUUAGCUAUAAUAAUAGCACUGUUUUGACAUAUGGCCUGUAUUUUAUCUGAAUGACUUUCAGUGGCACAUGUCAAAAUCUGUGUUUUUUUCUUGAGUAUUUCAUAUUUACUGCACUUUGAAUUAACUCCACUACAAGUAUUUAUUGAUAUUUACUCAUUUUUAUGACUACGAGUUAGACUACUGCAGUAAUGCAGUGAUUUUCAAACAUUUUCUGGGCAGACACAUUUUUUAUUCAGCGUUGUCUCAACAUUUAGUUACUGAUUUAAUAGCUUCUAUUUCAAUACUGUAGCUAUGCAUAGUAACAAUUUGAGGGGUCAUACACCUCUUGUGUCCUUGUCAAAUAAUUAAAGUAUGCAUUUUAAAGUGCCAACCCAGACUUUGAAAAUCACUGCCUUAGACAAAUAUUAUAAUGAGCCAUUAAUCUAAAGAGUUUGGAUGUCCCAGGUUUCACUGCUCGCCAUGUUGGCUCCACAACGCUAGUUUUAAUUGUGAUGGUAUGACACACAGAAUGGAUACAAGUGAUUAUAAUGGACAUGAAAGCCUGUGAAAAGACAGAUUUUUUAAUUGUAGCUAUUGAGAACUGAACUUAAAGGUAUUCAGGCUAAAUGCAAAAUGUUCAGAUUCAGAUUGUCUCUAAGGGACUUUGUGGGGCAUGUCCCAAAAAUUAAAGCUCAUUUCAGUUAAUAUAGUUCUCCUCCAUGAAAUCCAGAUAAAAAUGAUCCAAAAAUAGCUUAUGAAACUAUAUGCAAAAAAUGACAGCAAUAAUAAAAAGCAGCCCUUGUGAGGGCGACAAUAACAUCAAUGUUAUGACAAAAUAAAGAACCAUAAUUUAACAACAGGCAAACAGGUUGAAAUGUUAAUCUUUUUGAGUAAAAAAGAUUUCAGGUGGAAGAACUUCAACUUACUCACUUCAACCUAAUUGACCUCAUGCUUUGCACAUCCCUAGAUGGAGUUAAAAUUGCAGAUGGUGUGACUUCAGGAACAUAUGAUAUUGAGCUGAAAAUGAAACAAAUGAAACAAGAACAUUGAAUUCAAGUCAUAACUGCAGAAAAGAAAAUGUCCCAUAGAUAGAAAUUACUCAGGAGCUUUUAAAAAGUACUUAAAGAUGUCCAGUGUGUGGUAUUUUUGUGUUUUAAUGUUGCCACUGCAGAGAUUAAUGCUUAUAAACCUACUUUGUUUUCUUUUAUAAGACUUAGAAGAAUAGUGUUACUGUGUCCCUGUGACUUAAAGUCAAACCAAAAAUCUACUGUGUGAGAGUAAUAGUAAGAAUAAUAAGGGAUUAAAAUUCUAUAGUGCUUUUCAAGGAACCCAAAGCGCUUCACAUUAUUGUUCCAUUACUCAUUCCCUCUCACUGCUGGUGGUAAACUACAUUUGUAGCCACAGCUGCCCUGGGGCAGGCUGAGUAGUCCUUCAUUAACUUAAAGUCCAUUAUCAAGUAAAAACAGUUGUAAAAACUGCAUUUAAUCCAGUUGGGUUCCCUCAUCGAGGACUGCCAUCAUGGUGGUGAUUGUUAUAUGGUCGUGUCAUACUGCCAAAUGGAAGAUAUUGAAACCAUAUUAAAUUCACCUCCAAAUCACAUAAAUAAUUGGUACAUAUGCUGCUGUCAAGGUAACACUUCAAUCAUAUUCGUGCAACAGCAGCCAAAAAGUUUGCCUUAAGUCUGAAUAUACCUUUAAAAAAAGUCAUCACUUUGCAAGAAAGAUUUUUGCUCUCAUUUUGUAUUUAUUUAUUUUGCAGCUAAAUUGUCUUUCUUUCCAUUUGGUCCAUCAUAAAAAAAAAAGUCAACCUGGCCAAACUCUUGUCUAUUUGUGGCUCAGCUGUUUGAACAAAAUAACAUGAGCACUUCUGAAUGAACAGCUCUUCUAACCCUAAGGUCUAGUAAAGAUUUUUACAUAUUUUUAUGUCCUGUCUUGAUUCCUAAAAAGAGAUUUAUUGUAUUGUAUUUUUGCUGCAUAUAUUUAUGAAUUCAGCAAUGCUUUGUUUGGAAGAUGUUUAUAAUAUAUUAUGUUAGAAUGAAUUUCUGAAAUGGAAGAUCUGCCAUGUUUUUAGAAGAGGACUUUUUGUGUGCGGUGUGUGUGCAUGUGUGUGUUUUAUAUGAACCCAACCUUCAACUGUUGCCCAGGUUUAUUUUAUGUCUAUAAUUUGCUCAGUAUUUACACAAAACUUAGCUUGGCUGUGUGAUACAUGUGCAUUCAAGUCAACUCAGAAAUGGGAUGAUUUUAACUGACAGACAGGAAUAUACGUAUUUCAGUCAUAAAAUACUAAAUGCAGCAUUGUUUUGCUUGUGCUAUGAGCUUUUAUUGUGGUAAUGGCAAUGUCACAGUCUAAAAUAUAGUAAUAACAGCACCUUAAAAAAAAAAAAAAGAAAAAAAAAAGAGUUUAU